AUGCUGUCAUACAUCAAGGCAGAUGGCUCACUUUCAGUGGAGCGACAAUUCGAGCAUGAAAUCUCGGCUAUUCGUGUUGUGGCAGGCGGCGCGCUGCUGGCCCUCGCUCGCGGCAUGUUCGGCAUCACCGUUGUCAGGGCUGACACGCUGGAGGCUGUGCAUCGAAUUCAAGCGCCUGCUAACCGAAUCAUGGCAGCGACACCUUCUGGCCACCUCCUCGCUUGCUCCGACUUGCAGCAGCCGUUUGUGGCCGUUUACAGCUUGGAGCAGGUCGAUGUGCAUGCCAAGGCCUUGACUGAUCGAGAGUAUCAACAACAGUCACUGAUUUCCGAGCCACAUGUGGCAAUGCUGGCUGCAGAUGGCGCAAGCGGGGCGGGUGAGACUUUACCUGCAUUUGCUGUUGGACGCGACGACCUUGGCUUUUACGACGCAGCGACGAUGGCGCUUGUACACACUGUUGCGCUCAAGGAGCACCGGGCGAGUGCCCUGAACGUCAAAGCCGUCAGUUCCGACGGGCGGUUCAUCAUUGUUUGGUCCAUGGCGCAGCCAUUUAUCGUUCUCGACGCUGUGCAACGCAAGAUGUACAAGGACGUCAUCACAUUCCGCGAGAUUAAGAAUACUGUGUUUGCCACGGGGUCUGAUGACAAGACUGCAUGCCUGUGGGAGCUGAAGGUCGACUCUGAAGGUGUCCUCACAGCGUGCGAGAUGCUGAGAGCGUUUGGCGGGCACAAGGAGGCCGUGACGGCCGUGCAGCUGUGCACAACGACCAGCGAUAAUGGUGGCGAUGAUGCCGUUGUUCUUGCCACUUGUGACGGCAACACAAUUGUCAAGUUGUGGAGAUUGCAGCAAGAAGAGCACCCUUACGCGAGUAUCAAGGUGCACAGCGGAUAUGCAUCUUCUGUGUCGCUUGUGUGGUUGCCAAAGCAGCAGUUGCUGGCGUCUUGUGCGCAAGAACAGCAUCUCCUGUUGUGGAACCUGGCCGGUGAGCUUGUGCGAGCAACCAACCUCAAGCCUGCGUGGGCAUUUCUGCAUCCGAGCUUGAAGUAUGUUGUCGCUGAAGCUUAUGGUGGCUUGCAGUUUCUCCACGCAGGCACGCUUGCACCUGUGUUUCGCGCAUACGGGCAUGACUUUGGUCUGGAAAUCAAUACGCGGAACAAACGUGUGCGAAUGACGCCCGACGGGCGCUUCUUUGUUUCUUGGGCCAUGGACGAUGCCAUCCUCGUGCAUGACUUCUCGCAUCUGACGUUGUGA